AUGGCCUUCAAGAUCAUCCAGAUACCCCAUGAUGAUGCCAGUAUUCGGAAGCAUGUGAACGAGUACAAGGCGUUCAGGUUACAUUCGUUAAAGACGGCUCCACAAUGUUUUGGUUCAACGUAUGCAAGAGAAAUCGCGUUCACCGACGAUGUUUGGUAUGAUAGGCUGGGAAAUCCAAAGGCAACUACGUUCAUUGCCAUACAGUCUGAUCGUAUAGUUUGUACAUUGACUACCAUCGGCCCUCUUCCAUGUACUGCAGAGGAAUCAUCUCCUUCCGCAAAUCCCUGGGAAACAACCAGAAGUGAUGAAGAGGGACCACUUUCUGAAUAUCACUUGCGUAUCAAUGGCAUGUUCACUCUUCCCGAGGCUCGGGGACAAGGCAUUGCUAAAGCACUGCUUGAGAAGUCUCUCGAAUACGGGUCGGAGGAAGCAGCGAAGUCGGGGAUGACUUUUGUUGCAAGUAUGGUCGUCGAUGAUGAUAAUCCGCCAGCCAAAGCGUUGUAUGCGAAGUGUGGAUUUGUGGCAAUCGCUCAGGAGCCCAUGUUCAUCGGAAGUCCGCGAAUAGCGGUUCUUAUGAAGUACACACCGAAGUGCACAGGGAGAUAG